GCCAAGGCUGCAAGCACAAAGAAAGUUUGCUCAGUCUCAGCCAAACAGUCCCAGCACAACUCCAGUAAAGAUAGUGGAGCCAUUAUUGCCCCCUCCAGCUACACAGAUCUCUGACCUCUCCAAAAGGAAGCCUAAGACGGAAGAUUUCCUUACAUUUCUCUGCCUUCGAGGUUCUUCUGCCCUGCCCAGCAGCAUGGUAUACUUUGGAAGUUCUCAGGAUGAGGAGGAAGUGGAGGAAGAUGAUGAAGAAACUGAGGAUGCGAAAGUGACCACAAAUAACACUUCAUCUUCAUGCCAGUCUACUCCUAGGAAAGGGAAAACACAAAAGCAAGUUCCUAAUGGACAUGUCUUCAAUGGAUCCAGCAAAUCAGUGAAAGAGAGGGAGCCUGUUCAGAAACAUAAAGUCAAAGACUCAGUGCCAGCAAAGGAACGAAACAGUGAACACAGGUCUGAGAGUCGAAAGGACCAGUCUGCUGCUAAUCACCAUUCUUCAACAAACACGGGCUUUUCCACAAAAGGGCUCACUGCUAACAACCACCACACCCUUCACCAAUCGGCUCAGGAUUUAAGGAAACAGGUUUCAAAGGUCAAUGGUAUCACUCGAAUGUCAACUCUGAGUGCAAAUACAGCCAGUGCCAAAAAGAUGAGAGACGUCAGACCUUCACCGUCCAAAACUGUGAAGUACACUGCAACAGUGACUAAGGGAACUGUCACAUACACCAAAGCCAAGAAAGAACUGGUCAAGGAAACCAAACUAAAUCACCACAAACUCAGUACACCUGUCAACCACACAAUCUCAGGGAAAAUGGAAAGUAGCAAUGCAAAAACCCGUAAACAGGUGCUAUCCCUUGGAGUGGCCAAGCCCAACAAUACAGCUAUUAAUGGUGUCAAGGUCAAUGGCAAGUUGAACCAAAAGUCAUGCACUAAGGAGGUAGGGAGGCAGUUGAGGGAAGGGCUGCGCAAUUCAAAAAGGAGGCUGGAAGAAGCAAACCAUAUAGACAAAAUACAGUCACCCGUCAAGAAAGUGAAGGGGGCCACAAACGUGACUGAAACCCCAAGCAAAAAAGCACCAUCUGUGGAAAGACCUUUGCUGAAUGGCCAUGUGAAAAAGCCUGGAAGUCAGGAGGUGCCACAGAAAAGUCUGGAAAGGAAUAGGCCGAAAAGAGCUGCUGCUGGGAAGAACACGCCAGGGAAACAAGCACAUAGCAAAACAGAAAAUGCCUCCUGUGAACAUUAUUCUACCUCUCAAACAGAGUCCUUGCACAAGCCACACGACUCAACAGGGAAGCACGAGAAAGGUAGCAUCAAGUCUGGGUGGGCCAUGAUGGAAGAGAUUCCUAUUCUCAGGCCUUCCCCCAAGGAGUUCCAUGACCCAUUGAUAUACAUUGAGUCAAUCCGUGCUCAGGUUGAGAAGUAUGGGAUGUGCCGGGUGAUCCCUCCUCCUGACUGGAGGCCUGAGUGCAAGCUGAAUGAAGAGAUGCGGUUUGUGACCCAGAUCCAGCACAUUCACAAACUCAGCAGGCGCUGGGGGCCCAAUGUGCAGCGUCUGGCCUGUAUCAAGAAGCACCUCAAAUCUCAGGGCAUUACUAUGGAUGAGCUUCCACUCAUAGGAGGCUGUGAGCUGGAUUUGGCCUGCUUUUUCCAGUUGAUCAAUGAAAUGGGGGGCAUGCAGCAGGUGACUGACCUCAAGAAAUGGAAUAAGCUGGCAGAUAUGCUGCGUAUCCCCAAAACUGCACAGGACAGGUUAGCAAAACUGCAGGAAGCCUAUUGCCAGUAUCUACUCUCCUAUGAUUCCCUCUCUGCUGAGGAGCACAAGAGACUGGAAAAAGAAGUCCUCCUUGAAAAGGAGAUUCUAGAAAAGCGGAGGGGUCCUUUGGAAGGACAUUCAGAUAGCAACUAUGAAUUCCAGUCUCUGCCCCGCUACGAGCCCAAAAACGGACUCAUCAAUGGCGUUGUUCAUAAAAAUGGCUUCCGGAACAAAGCAAAAGAAGUUGAGAUCCCUCAAAAAACAGGUAGGCGGCGACUCUUCUCUCAGGAAAAGGAGACCACAGUGGAAGAAGAAGAAGAGGUUGGUGUUCUUUGUGACCUCCACAAGUGUAUAUACAAGGGAAGGUCUGUUUCUUUAACAACUUUUUACCGAACAGCAAGAAACGUUAUGAGUAUGUGCUUCAGCAAAGACCCCACAGCAGCAGAAAUAGAGUUAUCUGUAUUACUUAAUUUGCACAGGCAUGGGUGGAACCUAACAGUCCUUCCUAAUAACACAGGAUCCAUCCUGCGACAUCUUGGUGCUGUGCCUGGAGUGACAAUUCCUUGGCUAAACAUUGGCAUGGUCUUUUCUACCUCAUGCUGGUCUCGAGACCAAAAUCACCUUCCAUAUAUUGACUACUUACACACUGGUGCUGAUUGCAUUUGGUAUUGCAUUCCUGCUGCGGAGGAGAAAAAACUUGACAAAGUGGUACAUACCUUGUUGCAAGCCAAUGGCACUCCAGGACUGGAAAUGCUUGAAAGUAAUGUCAUGAUCUCCCCCGAGGUAUUGUGCAAAGAGGGGAUCAAGGUGCACCGUACUGUACAACAGAGCGGGCAGUUCGUUGUCUGCUUUCCAGGAUCUUUUGUGUCAAAAGUAUGCUGCGGUUACAAUGUCUCUGAAACUGUGCACUUUGCUACCACCCAGUGGACAAGCAUGGGUUUUAAAACUGCCAAGGAAAUGAAGAGGCGACAUAUACCCAAGCCAUUUUCAAUGGAAAAGCUGCUGUAUCAGAUUGCGACAGCUGAGGCCAAGAAAGAAAAUGGGUCUGCUCUGAGUACAAUAUCGGCCCUUCUGAGAGAGCUCAGGGACACAGAAUUGAGGCAGCGGCGGCAGCUAUACGAGACCGGUCUCCAUUCUUCAGCUCGCUAUGGGAGCCAUGACAACAGCAGCACGGGAGUGGAUGGGAAGAAAAAGCCUCGAAAGUGGCAGUUAGAGACAUCCGAAAGAAGGUGUCAGAUAUGCCAGCAUCUCUGUUACUUAUCCAUGGUUGUACAGGAAAAUGAAAAUGUUGUCUUCUGCCUCGAAUGCGCCCUGCGACAUGUAGAAAAACAGAAGUCUUGUCGUGGAUUGAAACUAAUGUAUCGUUAUGAUGAGGAACAAAUCGUCAGCUUAGUCAAUCAAAUUUGUGGAAAAGUAUCUGGCAAGAACGGCACCAUUGAGAUCUGUAUCAGCAAGCCUACACCAAAAAGAGGGCCUCGCAAGAGAGCAACCCUUGACGUGCCAUCAUCAAGACUUUCAUCCUCCAGUUCAUCCAAAAGUGCUUCAAGUUAAUCAUGAAGAUGCCAACUCUCUCUCUCUCUCAUUUUGGUCAAUUUUAUAUAUAUUUUUUGUAAUUAUAUCAUAGUUUGGAGUAUUGCUGUAGAUUACAAGCUGUCUUUGCACUAGCUCUACAGAAGGAUUUUCUUCUGGUUUUAGAGAACUAAUUUUGAUUUAGCAUUAAACUGUUGAAUUUUAUUUUUAUUUUUAUUUUAUACUUAGGAUAGUUUGAUACAGCAGGAUUUUUUUUUUUACUGCUGUACACACAUUUUUUUGGAUAGCAGCAAGGGAACUGAUAAAAUUUUGUUUUUUGUCCCGCUGCCUGAAAACAAAAAAGGCCUUUCUCCCCCCCUAGUAAUUGUGAAAAGGCUUUUAAAUACCCCCCCUUCUUUUAUUUUUCUGGGUAGGUUGAAUUUUGGUGCGUUUUAUAAUUUGUUCUCCAAUCACGUCAGCAGAUAUUUUUUUCCUAUAGUGAAAAAAAAAAAGGGGGGGAUAGGAGGCAAAACUUGAAAGAAAUUGUUAUACUUUUGGCUUGUGUUCCGGAACAGGCAGGAUAAAGUUUUGUACCUUUUAAAAUUGGAGAAUACACACUUUUAUUUGAGAGGUUAUGGCAGCUGAAGAUGGACUUAGUUUUCUAAUCAUAGGCAAAUGGGAGAUUUGGAGAAAAUGUUCUCUGUUACCAGCACUUCACUAUGCAUCUGUUCCAGGAGGAAAUGAAAGAAAGAAAAAAAUAAAAAAAAAGACUGCCUGCCUUGCGGAGGCAUGUGAGCGAAAAACUGUGCCUGAUUUCAUUAGGAAAUCCAUUCUGGGUUGUUGUGGUUUUUUUGGUGCUGUUGUCUACUUUAUCAAAAACCCUUCAAUAGCAUCCUUGAAAAAUGAUUGAAGCCAUGCUUCUUGUCAUAGACGUGCAAUCUUUAACAUUCCAUUCUCAUUCCACUGCUGUUUUUAAUCUCGUCACAGUCAGCAUUAAUUUUGUUUUUGUUGUUGUUGUAUGAUCACAUUUAGAGCCACUAGCACGUUUGCAUACUUCUUUUGAAUGUGAAAAUGCAUUUGCUCCCAUCUUGUCUUAUUUUUUUUUUCCUUUCACGUGUAACAAAAAAAAAAGUAUCAUAACUUUUGUACAUAAGCCUGUAAAUUGUUUUAAAUACUUGAGCCUUUUCUUGGGAGGGUGGGGAAGGGGUGGCAAAGAGACAAGAUGAAGAAAAGCCUUACGUUUCACUUUCUUCGUCGGUUGGAUUGGAUGCUUACAGGGUUUUUCUUGUAACAUUUAUAAGUGCUGCUUACAUCACUGAACAACAACAAAAAAUAAUAAUGGAGUAGUUGUUGCCCUUUUUCUGGUUGUGUGUACAGUAUGUGUGGAAUAAAAAAGGGAAAGUUUUCACAAACUCUUUGUUUCAUAAUUGAAUUCAACAAAACCGUAGAGCUACCCAUAUUGCACUGAGCUUGCCAGUGGUGAGUGACUGUCAGGAAAGUCUUAUAAAAUACAUAUUUGUUGGUUGUUGCAGAAGACUGAAUUGUUUUGGAAUAUUUAACAAUAACACAGAGUCGAGUUGUUUCCAAUGUGGUUGUCCAGUUUUUAUGGCCUUGCUGUGUAUUUUUUCCUUCUUGACAGUAAACUUCUGACUAUGGCUUACAGUUUGACCUUUAAUUUAUUAGCGCUGCUCUGCUCUUUCCUCGUAAGGAAAGACUUCAUGUUUAUUGCCAGACUUUGUUUACUUUUCAGGUUUGUAAUACAAGGUUUAAUAAAAAUACACUUUUU